AUGAACAAAAGGAAAAAGACAAAACACUUAAAAAUUAAUUCUAUAUUGAGAAUACUUUUUUAUUUUUUCCUUAUUUCUUUUCUUUUUAGUAAUUAUAAAUUAAAUAAUUAUCUAAGAACAAAAUAUCCAUUCAUUCAAUUUGUAUAUUCUUAUUCUAAAAAAAAAGUAUGUACAUCAUCUACAGAUGAUUCCACAUGUCGUACUGUCGUUUAUGGAGAUUUAGAUGUUUCUAAUAAUUCGGUGUUAAGGUUAAAAGUUUUAAGGUCUGAAGGGAAAGGCUAUUUUGUUACUAUUCGAAGAGACUAUGUAACAAUAUCUUACUAUCUGAAAUAUAUGAAAGAUAUUCCUUUAAAGUAUAGAGAAGUAGUAGAUAUAUUUAAUAAUCAUAAAUAUGAAAAAUAUACAGAAAAACAAAUAAAGGAUUUUACUAAUAAUUGUAGUGCUAUUAAAGUCGAAGAUGCAAAUGAUACUGUAGGAGAUUUUGCACCUCAUUAUUAUGAAUAUACAAGAGGAGAAUCGUGUAUAUGCCCUUCAUAUCAUCUUUUUAAAAAUGACAAUUCAAUAAAAAGAGCAAAAUUAAAGUGCACUUAUUUUAAUAUGUUAUUUACAGAUAGUGCUAUAGUGUAUAGUCGUCAUUGUGCUAUAAUGGAUUUGUUUUAUUUUUCGGUUUAUGAAAUUGAUUACCCUCCCAUAUUUAAUACAUAUAUAGAUAUAACAAUACAAGAAUAUACAUAUGAUGAUGUAUCAGGUAUGUCACUGAAUAAACAUGAUUUAGUAACAAAAGAAAAGAAAUAUGAAAUAAAUGAUUCAAUGUCUGAAAUAAGAGAUGAUUAUUUUGAUCUUUGGUUAUUUCUAAGAGGCGAAAGACAUGGAAAAAGAACUUUAAUUAAUUUAUCAAAUGAUUAUGUGGUUAUUCCAUCUUCACCGUUAGAUGAUGCAGAUGUAAUAGAAACUGAUGUUAUGAGAAAUUGUGGUUUGAAAGAAGAUAAUCCAGCUUUAAAAGGAUGUGAUUAUAAACAUGAAUGUAAUAUUAUACAUCCGUGUUUAGUAAAAGCAAUGAUGUUACCAAAAUAUCUUUUUGAUUUAAGUGGUAAAACAUGUAAUAAAUUAGGUGUAUCCUUAAAUAAAUGGAGAAAUUCUGAUGGAAAUUUUUGUGGUUCUUCAGCUGGAUAUUGUUUAUCUGAGAAUUUGUUUAAAUAUUAUUACAUACAUAAAACAUCUGUUGGGAAUAAAAAACCUUCGAAAUAUAAAAUUAAAAAUAUAUAUGGGUCUGAACCACAGACAAAAGUUUAUACAUCUGCAAAAUUACCUAAUUAUUUAAAAGAUAAGGUAGAUAGUAAUAAUAAUAAAUCUUAUGAUAUUAAUGAUAUAGAUAAUAAAAUAUUUUAUAAUGAAAACGCUGCUGCACAUAGUCAUUUUAUUGAUUACAAAUAUAAUGGAAAUCAUACUGUUGAAAUUAAAUUCGAAACUAAUGCAUUAGAAGUGCAUGAAAUCAGACCUGUAUCAUAUGGAACUAUUACUCAUAUUACUACACCCAAAGAUUGUUCAUCAAGUCAAACUAAUUCUAAAGAAUGUAUUCUUGUUGUACAUACUUGGAAUAAUAAUAAAAGUAUAGGAGCUAACUUUUCUUGUCAUGUUUUAUGUCUUGAUAAAAGUACUCAACAAGUAGCAACACAUAUUAGUCCCAUUAGUAAAAUAAAUGCAUAUAUUGAUGCAAAUAAAAAUUAUGCCUUUUAUUUUAUUAUUAAAUUUUUAAUAAAUAAAAAAAUAACAAGUAAUUGUACAGCAAUACUAAAAGAUGCUGAUGGGAGGGAAUGUUCAAAACUUUCAUUUAAUUUAACAUCUAAAGAAACUAUAAAUGUAGUAGAAUCAGGUAUAGUAGUACAACCUGUAGAAAGUGAGGCUCAAAUAAAUAAAUAUGAUUCUGAUGUAACAGGAGUAUCUAUGGCUCCAACUGAUAAAUGUGAUUGUUAUUUGAAUAUAUUAUGUUAUAUACUUAAUUUGAAUACAUGCGUUUCAUAUUAUACGAAAUUAAUUAAAGAUUAUCUUGGAAGAUUUGUAACAAUAGCUAUAUUAAUUUUUCUUGCGCCAUCCUUAAUACCUCUGUUACCAUUUAUCAUUAAAUUUUUUAUAUCAUGUGCAUCUAUUCCAAUGAAAUUAUUUGCCAACUUUUCUUCUUGGAUGGAAAGUAAAAAAAAAAGUAAUAAUAAUAGAAAACAAAAUAAAAAUUAUUUCCAAAGAAAAUAUGAAAAUUUCAAAACAAAGAGAACAAAUAUGAAGAAAAAUAAAUGUACAUCAUCCUCCGUCUCUUCUUUAACAACUGUUUCCAGUAUUUCUUCAAAUAAUACAAUGCAGAGUGAUAUAAAAAAGGACGUAUCAUUUAAUGGGGUUAAAUCCAAUAGGUACAAUAAGGAGAAUCAUAAAAACAAAAAGAAGAAAACAACACGUAACCAUAAUAAAUAUAGUGGUACCUCGAUUGAGAGUACACUAACAAAUACAAGCCCCUCAAGUAUACCUGAUAAUUUAAGUGAAUCUCAUAUAACAUCCAAUUCAAACAAAAAUAAUUAUUCAUCAAAAAAAAAAAACAAAUAUAAUAUGCCAUAUAAAAAAGAACAUUCCAGGAAAAGUAAAAGAAAAAAAUCUAUGGGGAUAUCUGAAUAUUCUUCUUAA